CUCUCAUACCUGCCAGUGCCAGCAUCCAGAGCCCCACGUUGACUGGGACACCAGUCACCAGCAUGCAGCGUAAUGAGAGUUUCCAGAUCUUGGUGGGGUCAGAAGGGGACCACUUGCCAUUGAUGGAAAUGGGUAGUUGUAAGCCUGAUGCCUCUGAUCAAUGGGACUGUGUCCUGGUGGCUGAUCUUCAGACCCAGAAAAUCCAGAAGCAUGUUCAGAAGCAACGGCAGUUCCUAGAAACUCUCGAGAGCAAUGGCUUCCACUUCAAGGUGUUAAAGGACCAGAAGAAGGUGUUCUUUGGGAUCCGAGCUGGCAGUAGCGUCAUUGACAUGUACCGGACUCUCCUCAUGAAGCCUGAAGAUCUUAGCUCUAAAGCCAAGCAGAGCUUCAACAUAGCUACCACAAGAAUCCGAAUCGUGAGCUUUGUCGUGAACAACAGGAUGAGACCUGGUGACACCUUUGAGGAUCUGGUGAAGGAUGGGAUUUUUGAGACCAUGUUUCUUCUGCACAAGGGGGAAGAAGAACAACACCUGAAGAAAACAUGGGCUCGGUGGAGAAACAUGUUCCAGCCACAGCCAAUUGAUACAAUCAGGGAAUACUUUGGCGAGAAGGUGGCUCUGUACUUCACCUGGCUUGGCUGGUACACCUACAUGCUGGUGCCUGCUGCUGUGGUGGGCCUCAUCGUCUUUCUGAGUGGCUUUGCCCUGUUUAAUUCCAGUCAGAUCAGCAAAGAGAUCUGUAGUGCCCAUGACAUCUUCAUGUGCCCCCUUGGUGACCACAGUCGCAGGUACCAGCGGCUCUCAGAGAUGUGCACUUUUGCCAAGCUCACUCAUCUCUUUGACAACGAGGGCACUGUGCUAUUUGCCAUCUUCAUGGCUCUCUGGGCUACGGUCUUCCUGGAGAUCUGGAAGAGAAAGCGUGCCCGUGAGGUCCAGAUGUGGAACCUGUAUGAAUGGGAUGAGGAAGAGGAAGAGAUGGCCCUUGAGCUCAUCAACUCACCGCGUUAUGAGCUGAAAAAGCACCGUCAUUCCUACCUGAGUAGCACCAUCAUCCUGAUCCUGUCCCUGUUCAUGAUCUGUUUAAUGAUUGGCAUGGCUCAUGUGCUGGUUGUCUACCGUGUGCUGGCUGGUGCCCUCUUCAGCAGCCUCAUGGAGCAGCAGGUGACCACUGCGGUGGUGGUGACCGGGGCAGUGGUACAUUAUGUAAUCAUUGUCAUCAUGACUAAGGUCAACAAAUGUGUAGCCCUGAAGCUUUGUAAAUUUGAGGAACCCAGGACCUUCUCAGAGCAAGAGAGCAAGUUCACUGUCAAGUUUUUCAUCCUGCAGUUCUUCGCCCACUUCUCCUCUCUCAUCUACAUUGCCUUCAUUCUGGGCAGGAUCAACGGUCACCCUGGGAAAUCCACACGCCUGGCUGGCCUGUGGAAACUGGAGGAGUGCCAUCUCAGUGGCUGCAUGAUGGACCUGUUCAUCCAGAUGGCCAUCAUCAUGGGCCUGAAGCAAACCCUGAGCAACUGCGUUGAGUACCUGCGCCCGUUGUUGGCCCAUAAAUGCCGCUUAAUGCGGGCUUACAAACAUGGUCACACGUCUGAAGACCCAGAACUGAAGGAGUGGCAGCGUAACUACCACAUGAAUCCAGUCAACACCUUCAGCCUGUUUGAUGAGUUCAUGGAGAUGAUGAUCCAGUACGGCUUCACCACCAUCUUUGUGGCUGCCUUCCCACUCGCACCCCUGUUGGCGCUCUUCAGCAACUUUGUGGAGAUCCGCCUGGAUGCCAUCAAGAUGAUCAGACUACAGCGGCGCCUGGUUCCUCGGAAGGCUAAGGACAUAGGGACCUGGCUGCAGGUGCUGGAGACCAUUGGAGUGCUGGCAGUCAUUGCCAAUGGAAUGGUCAUCGCCUUCACGUCUGAGUUCAUCCCCAGAGUAGUCUACAAGUACCACUAUGGCCCGUGCCGAACCAAUCACACCUUCACAGAUGACUGCCUCAAGGACUAUGUCAACCAUAGCUUGUCUGUCUUCUACACCAAGCACUUCAAGGACCAUGGCAGGAUGGAAGGGCAAGAAAAUGUGACCGUGUGCAGGUACCGGGACUACCGAAAUGACAUUGACUACAACUUCUCUGAGCAGUUCUGGUUCAUUUUGGCCAUCCGGCUGACCUUUGUUAUCCUCUUUGAGCAUUUUGCCCUGUGCAUCAAGCUCAUCGCUGCGUGGUUUGUGCCUGAUGUGCCCCAGUCAGUGAAGAAUGAUGUUCUGACAGACAAGUAUGAGAGAAUUCACCGUAGAAUGUGCUUCAGUUCCAGGAGUACAGAUGUAUAGACAACCUGGGUCAGGUGGAGAAAUGCUGCUUUUCAGAAGCCUGGAUCAGGAAGAAGCCCCCACCUCUACAUCUUGCCCCUGUCCAUCACAAUGUGUAUGCAUGUGUUGAGGGAGGCUGUAAAAUGGUCCGUCUAUAUGUAGGCUCCUGGAUGGUCUACAUAUAUGUUAAUGCAUGAAGGUCAUAGGAGGGCCUUGAAUAUAUGUAUGUGUAUAUAGGCAUCCUACAAAGCCCAUGUAUAUAUGUUAAUCAUGGGAUACUUGUAUAUGUAGGGGUCAUUGAAAUUACAUGUAUAUUUAGGGUAUUUAUGAACAGCACAGCUGUGCCUGUGGGAUUUGCUUCAACUUUCCUGGGGUUCAAGUUGGUACAGAUCUUACUUGAGACUCUUGAGUGAGCCUAGUACCUAUAGAAUUGCAGGCUGUUUGUAAAACCCCCACGCAGUAAAAUUAGCCUAAAUUCCACAGACCUCCUGCUUUGCAGGAGGCCCUAGAGACUAAUUUCCGGGUGCCCUCCCCCCAUUAACCUGGAUCCCCACAGCCGGCAAAACUUUUUACAAACAAAAUAAACCUGUGUGUAUUGAUUUCUGA